AUGACGUCUGGUACUGUCUCCUCCUUUGUGCUGCUCUUAUUGAGCUCCACAGCAUUUGCCCAGCAGCAAGUGCAAUACAACCAAGUACUUAAUGUCAAUGGCGAUAUGGAUCUCAACUCCUUUGUUUUCCCUGAUCGCUCCAAGGUCGAGACGUUCUCCCAGAAGCAGCAGCAAAUAAUCGUUAAUCAGCAACAACCCGCUAUCCCCGCUAAUCAGGUUACUGGCUCAACGGGACAGCCUUUCGUUGCCAUAACUACUCAGUCUAUGGUCAUCAACACCAAUGGCGCGACGGACUUGGUCGGUGGACAGGUCGAGAUGGCUAUGACUAUCCAGAACCUGCAGGCAGCUGCCGUACAACCUAGCAACACAUACGUUGCCAUGCUCUCUCCCGACAGGCAGAGCUGGAUGAUCCAGGAGACGAUGAGGAGCGUUAACACCACCGAUAUGACUGUUCGCAUGGUGAAGCGUAACCAGCUUGACGGAGAGUACAUGGUCGUUGGUCGCCAGACCGUCGAGACCAACACCCUCGUCACACCUUUCGGCAGCGAUGGCUCCACUCAGGUUGCUAUUCAGGGUACCGGCCUCCAGGAGAACGAAUUCCAGGACGGAUUCAGGAUGGCUACUCGUGCCACACAGCCUAUGCUCAUGAACGUCGAUGUCAAGGACGGUAUUGACUCUGGCAUGUUGGCUGCCCUUAAGGGUCAGGACCCUGUUAAUGACUACCGCUACUCCGUUGUCACCAACCUUGCUGGCGUCACACCUGACUUGAACCAGCAGGUUACUGUCGUUCAAAUGCCCAUCAACGCUGUCCGUAUCCAGAAGAUGAUGCAGGCUAUGGGGAUCCCUCCUACUGGUCAGGUCGCUAUUGGUGUCGCUCAGCGCAGUGUUCUCCAGAACCCCGGUGGUGCUACCGGCCAGCUCCAGGGCGUCGGUGCUCCCACCCAGAAGCGUGGUCUUUCCCGUGACAACUUCCGCAAGGAGAUCGCCGCCCGCCAAAUCAACGGAGGUACCAACAACCAGGGCAACACUGGCGGCACACCCACCAACGGCAACAACCCCGUUGCUACUCAGCUUCUCCUCGCACCCACCUUCACCCCCGUUCAGGCCCAGGCUGUUCUCGACCAGGCUAACAUGCGCAUCGCUGUCCCUGUCCGCCAGGUCGACGGAGAGUACAUCCUCACCAUGACCAAGAUGGGCGGUGCUCAGGCCGCUGCUGCUCCUCAAGCUGCUCCCGCUGCUGGUGAGGCCGCCCCUGCUGCCGCGCCCGCUGCUGCCGCUGAGGCCUCUCCCAAGCCCGCCGCUGAGGCAUCUCCUAAGCCCGCCGCCGCGGAGCCUGCCACCGCUGCCGAAGCCUCCCCCAAGCCCGCUGCCGAAGCCGCAAAGACCGAGUCGUCCGCGAAGCCCGAGGCCUCCAAGGCCGAAGCAUCUCCUGCCGCGAAGCCCGAGCGCCGCCAGGAAGCCGCCACCGACAAGUACGGCAACCCCGUGGCACCCAUGGGCGCCGUUGUCAUGAGCAUGAAGCAGAUCGACGAGAUGGCCAGCCUGGUCACCUGGGGCGGCCAGGCGCCGAUCACCCAGAUGAUGAACGACUACGUCAAGGCGCAGACCGGCAAGGGCCUCGGCAGCGCGAACAGCACUGCGAGCGCGACCACCGGCGGUCUGGCUGGUAUCACUGUUUAG